UGAGGGCGACAGAGGGAAUUAUGCUUCCAGUGUCCCAAAUCUUCAGCAUGCCUACUAAGUAAGAUUCAGUCAGCGACUUGACUAAGCGCUUGUACUUCACCUCAGCAAACCAUGUCUGUGCCGCUUUGGACUUAACUUUCCAGUUUUCAUCAUCAUCAUCGGAUCUAUUGCUGUCAGAUGGGGAAGUCUGCAUCGCGCCUCGCAGGUUCCUCUCUUUGGAAAGUAGUACUACAUUUGACACUUGGGAGGAAAGACCACGGCAUGUAGCCUAGUAUUGUACUACAGUGUUGCAUGAAGACUUUCAGCGGUUAUUAAAGGACAUUGUGAUAUGGAAGUAAUUCAGCAACUCUGUCAUGUCUUGACUGCAGCAGCAAACACUCCUGAGGAAGAAUGAAGUAAGCGCGAUGGAGCCGGACAAUGCCCUGAACUCCAGACUCAAAGCAGCUGGAGUCGGGGGGAGAGCUGUCUUUCUCUGCAUGGUUCUUUACUGUACGUGCUGUCUGAGGUUUGCACAAGCACAGUCUGCAGAUGUGGACGUGCUGCAAAGACUGGGAUUGGUUGGGAAACGACCAUCUGGGACACGCUCCACACCUCAAGGUGUCAUCCCCUUCAAAUCAGGAGUCAUCCUAACCCAGAGGGUGCGAAUUGACGUCCCAGUGAGCUCCGUUGUCCCAGCAUCACUGGGCUCGGCAUUCUCUCUCAUCCUCAGCGUAUGUUUGCAUCGCAUAAACAAUGCUUUCCUCUUCACCAUUGUGACAAAGAGGAAAAGACUGCAGCUAGGGGUGCAGUUCAUCCCUGACCAAAUCUUAGUUUACUUGGGCCAAAAGAACACUGUAAAGUUCGAUUAUGAUGUUUACAAUGGUCAGUGGCACAACCUGGCUUUGGAAAUCCAGGCCCAAAGGGUUACGUUAUAUACUUCUUGUGGGAAGACAAGUGUACAUGCACAUUUGCAUUUUAAAAAUGAGGAAACGCUGGAUCCAGAGGGCUCCUUUCAAUUGGGAAAAACGAGCCAGAACUCAGUGCAGUUUGAAGGAGCCAUCUGUCAGUUUGAUAUUCAUCCCUCUGCUAAGGCAGCUCACAAUUAUUGUAAGUACAUUAAAAAACAGUGCAGGGAAGCUGACACUUAUCGGCCAAACCUCCCUCCUCUUUUACCGCUAUUAUCCCUGGAUCUCAAUAUAUCUGUUACCGUUCAGACCCCAAAUGUUGUAACAGAGGUAAACGACAGACAUCUUUCAUCAACACAAGGCAAAGUACACAUUAAUCAUGAAACCUCACAAGUCCUAAACACCUCCGUUCUAAUUACAUCUCAGUCUAUACAAAGCACGGUGCCACCGACGAUAGCCCAGCCCACACUACAGCUCCCCCUGCAGGCCACAUCACAAACUGCCAUGGCCUCCUUUGGGAGUAGGACAUCACAAAUAUCUUCAAAGCCAACUCAACAAAGCAGUCCCAGGAAGAACCUCAUGAAGGCAACUGUAAAGCCCCAGAUACUAAAAGAGAACGCGAUGGCUGUCACCUCCACACCAGCAGGCCAACAGAAGAACAAACUGGAUAUCCAGACCCCUACCACAACAAAACCUAAACCUUCUAGCACAUCCAGAGCAUCACAGAGACCAUUACCAAAGGAGACCUCCAACCCCAGCUCUUUUGAGCCUGUCACCCCUGCAGCAACGGAUGGUUUCCAAACCUUUGACCUUGAACCAACCCAAUACUCCCUCUUGGCUGGGCCACCAGGACAGAAAGGAGAACCAGGACCACUGGGACCUCCAGGACCUCCUGGCAAGCCAGGAUUACCAGGAAAGAGAGGGCCCAGGGGUCCCCCUGGUCCGCAUGGAAACCCUGGCCGCCCAGGGACCCCCGGACCCAAGGGGAAAAAGGGAGACCCUGGAAUCUCACCUGGUAGAGCACCAAAUGGAAUAAAGGGGGACCCUGGGAUAUUAGGGCUACCCGGACUACCCGGUCAAGCUGGUCGGAAGGGACAGAAAGGCCAUCCUGGUCCUUCUGGCCACCCCGGAGAUCAAGGAGAAAGAGGACCAGAUGGAAGCCCGGGUGCCAAAGGUUAUCCUGGCAGGCAGGGUUUGCCGGGGCCUAUAGGAAAUAUGGGACCAAAAGGUGUACGGGGCUUCAUUGGCUUCCCAGGUGUCUUCGGUCUCCCUGGACCUGAUGGAGAAAGAGGUUUACCUGGUGUUCCCGGGAAGAAGGGCAAGAUGGGUAGGCCGGGCUUUCCAGGAGAUUUUGGGGAGCGAGGACCACCAGGACCUGAUGGAAAUCCAGGAGAGAUGGGUGCCCCAGGUCCUGUUGGCAUCCCUGGUUUUAUUGGUGAUAUGGGUCUUGUUGGAAUUGUGGGUCUUGCUGGAUUAAUAGGACCAAAGGGUAUACCAGGAAACCCUGGCGAGUCUGGACUGAAAGGUGAUAAGGGUGAAGUCGGGUUGCCAGGUGAACCGGGAGACCCUGGAUUUCAAGGUGACAAGGGUAAUCAGGGCUCACCAGGUUUACCAGGAAUUCGAGGAAAGCCAGGACCACAGGGUAAGCCUGGAGAUCGAGGCCCAGAUGGUUUGCCAGGCCCACCUGGACCUGAGGGCUUUCCAGGGGAUAUUGGACCACCAGGACAGAAUAGCGCUGAGGGCCCAAAGGGGAAUGCAGGAACGAGAGGGAUUCCAGGCCCUAGAGGAGUUCCUGGACUUGAGGGAGAUCAGGGCCCAGUAAGACCACCAGGGGCUCCAGGACUAGAGGGCAGACCUGGGAGGAAGGGUUUCCCUGGGAAUCCAGGGGAGGAUGGAAUGAAGGGAGAGUCUGGAUUUCCUGGAAAUCCUGGGAUGCUUGGUGAGAGGGGUCUUAUUGGUUUUGUCGGACCUGUCGGUGAGGUGGGGUUUCCUGGAGAAAAGGGAGAUCGUGGUGAGAUGGGUCUGCCCGGACCACCUGGAGAAAAGGGAGCGAUGGGACACCCAGGGGCCCCGGGUGAGAGAGGCCCAUCUGGACCAGAAGGUACACCAGGGCCUCCCGGGUCUAGGGGCCUCAGCGGCACCAGAGGACCCAAAGGCAGAAGGGGUGCGACGGGCCCAGACGGACCAGUCGGAGACAAAGGAGUGAUGGGAAUGAAGGGUCCUGAAGGCCCACUGGGAAAACAAGGCUUCAAUGGACAAAUGGGUAAACUUGGUGAAACUGGUGAAAACGGACCAACUGGAUUUCUUGGUGUUCAAGGGCCAACAGGACCUCCUGGCGCAAAGGGCAUCUUAGGAGAACCUACGGGUGCUGCUGGAUCUCUUGGGAAUAUGGGAGAGCAAGGCUUGAUUGGACCUCGAGGCUACCCUGGGCUUGAUGGGGAGGCUGGUCUCAGUGGCCCUGAUGGAGCUAAGGGUGAAAAGGGUGACAUUGGUUUGGAAGGAGAAACAGGUGAAAGAGGAGCCAUCGGAUUUAAAGGAACAGAAGGCCGUGUUGGAGAUCCUGGCUUAACAGGUGUCAAGGGCCCUGAGGGCAAACCUGGAAAAACUGGUGAGAGGGGAAAACCUGGAGAGAAGGGCAGCAAAGGUCACCAGGGUCACCUUGGCGAGACUGGACCAAUGGGAGAACAAGGUGCCAUGGGUUUCAUCGGUCCAAAAGGAAGCAGAGGAACUACUGGGUUUAUGGGUGCUCCGGGAAAAAUGGGUCAGUAUGGAGAACCAGGUUUAGUGGGAUAUGAAGGUCAUCAAGGACCAAAAGGUCCAAUGGGAUCCCCAGGACCAAAAGGUGAAAAGGGAGAGCCAGGUGACGACAGGAAGGUUGAAGGUCCACCUGGUCCUUUAGGUGACAUCGGACCUGUUGGCAACAGUGGAGAAAGGGGACAGCCAGGUGACCCUGGAUACCCAGGUCACGAAGGUGUUCAUGGGGAAAGAGGAAACCCAGGGGCUCCUGGACUCCCUGGAAAUGCAGGGCCAAAAGGUUUUCCAUGGCCUAAAGGAUGCAAAGGCAAUAAAGGUGCAAAAGGCAAAAAUGGUCCAAGUGGUGAAUCUGGAAAACGAGGCUCCGCUGGUCCUGUUGGUCUCCCAGGCCCCAGAGGAGUUGUUGGUCGUGAGGGUCUUGAGGGUGAUCCUGGGGUAGAAGGAGCCCUUGGGAAAGAUGGAGUUAAAGGAAUGCCAGGUGAGCAUGGAAGUGAUGGGCAGGUUGGUCCGCCUGGAAAACCAGGUCCUCAAGGAAACACAGGUGUACCAGGUCUGCCAGGAAUUCAAGGCUCUUUUGGGCCAAAGGGUGAAAGGGGCAUCCCUGGCCAAACUGGACCUCCAGGCAAAAGAGGAUUUAAUGGGGGAAUGGGAUUUCUUGGAAAACAGGGUGACCGAGGGGUCAAAGGGCAACCAGGUGAUACUGGUGAACAGGGAUUUCCUGGAGUUCUUGGAAUAUUUGGACCGAAGGGGCCUCCCGGAGACCUUGGCCCAGUGGGUAUCCAGGGCCCAAAGGGUCCUCAGGGUUUAAUGGGUAUGCAAGGCGCCAUCGGACCCGUUGGUAUCAUUGGGCCCAGUGGUAACCCAGGACCACAAGGAGACAAAGGAAAUAGAGGGGAAAUUGGUAUUCAGGGACCCAGGGGACAUCCAGGUCCUCGUGGACCACCUGGACCUCCAGGGCUUCCUGGUGUAUCUUUUCCUCCUGAAAAUGAGGCUCUUGGUGUUGCUUUACAUGUUGUUAUGGAUUCCCGCUCUACAUUACGGUCCGAGAGGUAUGAAGACACUGAGCUUCUAAUUCUGGACCAGGGAACCCAGAUCUUUAAGACUCUUCACUACCUCAGCACUCUAAUCCACAGCAUCAAGAAUCCUCUGGGAACACAGGAGAAUCCUACCAGAAUGUGCAGAGAUCUGUUUGAAUGCGAGCACAGGUUGAACGAUGGCACUUAUUGGAUAGAUCCUAACCUGGGCUGCUCUUCUGACAAUAUUGAAGUGACCUGCAACUUCACCAGUGGAGGUCAAACCUGCCUUAAGCCAGUCGCUGCUUCCAAGUUGGAGAUUGGAGUGAGUCUGAUCCAGAUGAACUUCAUCCACCUCCUGAGCUCUGAAGCUGUGCAGAUCAUCACCAUUCACUGCCUGAACGUCUCUGUUUGGGCAGCAGGGGACUCUAAAACACCUUCCUCUAGUGCGGUGUACUUUAAAGCCUGGAACGGACAGAUAAUCGAGUCUGGGGGAUUCAUUGAGCCUGAGCUGAUAAAGGACGAGUGCUGGAUCACAGAUGGCCGAUGGCAUCAGACACAGUUCAUUUUCCAGACAGAGGACCCAAACUUACUGCCCAUUGCGGAGGUCUACAACUUGCCCAGCACAAAAUCUGGCUCACAUUACCACCUUGAAGUCGGCCCUGUGUGCUUUUUAUAAAGAAAGCAACAAUGAAAACCUUAAAUAGCCCGAUCAGCAGCAUUACAGAGCCUCUCUCUUGCCUAGAGGCCAACAAAACUGUACAUCUCCUCUCAAGCGUGGAGUGCAGCCUUUAAACAUGAGAAAAGAGGGAACUAGAGCAGCUUUGGAGAAAACAAGACUUCCUAUGCGAGCAGCUUGGGAUGACAGAUUCUUUCUUUUCAGAGCCGGGUUUCUUCUGUUUGGAAACAAGGCCUGGAUAUGUGGUUAGAGGUGCUUCUUAAACUCUAAUAGGAGUCUUAAUUUAUUCAUAGUUGUGUUUUUCCCCACGUGGACAAGGAACAAUUAAGACAUUUAUUUGUAAUGAAGUACUUAUUUUGUAUUCUAUAGUUAUACAUGAUCAUGUGUGCUUGUAUAUUUUCUGUAAAGUGCAAUAGAGAAUGAACAGAUUUUUUGUUUUUAAAGAUGAAUCUUCUGUUUGGCUGUUCUAGGUAAUUGAGGUUUACUGUCACUCAUAUCAUUAAUUCAGGUUCAUUGUCGUGUGUACUUGUGUAUACCAGCAGGUCUGUUGUAAAGGCCUCAGAUACCAGCAUGCAUACAAAAACACACACGCGUUCAUUCAUAGCCAGAAUAUGAGUCGAGGUGAAUCCAGACUUGAAAAGCAACAUGUAAACGUCUACCUCCCAUCUCUCAUUUUUUUGGUGUUUUGGGACAGUAAAUGGAUUCACAUGCAUUUAACUUCUGUGGUUAGAUUUCCGUUUCCGUCAAAUGUUUUUAACUUAAGUGCCUUUUAUACUUUGAAAGGGAAUAUUUUUGUAUACAUUUUUAAAAAGGAAAAAGUUCAAGUUUUUUUUUUUUUCAGCCAAACAUAUCUUUAAUCCUUUAUCUUCUAGUAUGCCUUAUUUGUACAAAUAUUUGAACUUUAAAGGCACAAGAAUUAUAUUAUUAUAGCAGACAUGGUGUUAAAAGUGCUUUAUAUCACUCGACUGUAGGUCUUUCCAUCAUUAAGUACAUAUAUGCAUUUCCAUAAGCCCUAUCUGACUGCAGAAGUAAUUGUUUGACAUGGUCUGUGUCAUAAUUACUGAUUUUUGUAUGUCUUUGUUAAGGUGCGUGUACAAAGCUGAAUGUUGCAGUUAUAAACAGCAAACCCGUGGUGUAAUAAGGAGUUGUUGAUCAAAAUGAGAACACUAGAAUAUUCCACUAUAUUGGGUCUGUUAUGAGCAGCGACUCUGACGUCAUGGUAAGCUAAUUAUUACAGUGGCUGUGACCAAAAAGAGUUAUGUAUGAUAUUCUUGUGAAAUAUAUCUGUUGUUUUGAUCAAAACUGUCAGGAGCCAUCUUAUCUUGCCAAAGGAGGUUGUUAAAUAUCUGUUCUUUAUACGUGUAAAUUUGAGGUCUUGCUGUAAUGCAUGUUCUAUCAUUUCAGAGCAAACAAAGAAAGAAAGGUGGAUAUUCUUCAAUGAAUAUUUUCAUGGUCAAAUAUUACCUCCAAAAAACAGCAAACACCAAAGAACAAAGAUUUCAGUGUUGUAUGAAUUAAAUCAUUGAUACCACAGAAACAGACUGUCUUUAUAUCUCCCUGCCUUACUAACGUUCUUGUUUUUUGGCCAUUU